UGACAUCGUAACAAAUAUCUAAUUGGAAAUGAUCAUUCAUUUGCAUAAAGUUCAUAUAAGGUUUUAUGGACCAUUAACUUACCUUUGAAAACUCCAAAAAUGAAUGAAUUAAACUAAGGAAGCAGAUCAAUUGAAUGAUAAAUUCCAAUGUACAUAAAUCGGUAUUCGCCAACACGCUAAAUCACUUUCACUAAAUAACUCACUUUUUAAAACAAAAUAUAUCAAUAUAUCAGUAAAGCAAGGCGCAUUUUUAUUGCCCUCUAAAUUUUGCGUGUUCGAUUGCAAAGCAAAAUUGACGUUUAAUUUAAUUUGUAUUUGUUUUAUAAAACUGCCAUUUCCAUAAACCAAAAAUAGCACGGAACACAACCAAAAUUACCAUAUAACCGCUGCAGCAAGAACAACCAAAAUGUCGUGCUAGGUGGAAAAUGAGAUAAAUAUAUGGUGGAUUAACAACCAAAAUAAUUAAAGAUUGUAAGGGAGGUAACACGUCCCCUUUUUCGAUAACGCCAAGCUUUAUGGGUGAGAAUGGUGUUGUUUCCUAUAGCUCUAUACCAAUUUUCAUGUUCCUACCUUAAACACUUUUGAAGAUAUUCACCUUGAAAAGUUCAGUUUGUAUGGGAGGUGCCACGCCCCCUUAAUAUUUUAUUCUGAUUUUAAGACAUGACCUGCGCGUGGUAAUAACAAACAAAUCCCCCAAAGGAAGUAUUUCAUUUGGUUCAGCCGUUUUCGAGUUUUAGCGUUGCAACUAUACACCAUUUCAUUUUUAUAUAUAUAGAUUUCCAAUAUCAUUCAUCAGAUAAGGGUAGAGAAAGGGCACUUUUGGAAGUAUCAUUGUAAAGCCGACGACAAUCCGCUACCACCUGAAGCAGGAAUUGUUUUUGUUCCUCAUCUUAAAGUAAGAAUACUAUUGAAAUCUUGAAUUAACUUAACCCCUCUCUCUGCCGUGUCGUUUACUACCUUCAUACUCCUAACAGAACUUUGAAGUUUCAAAAAGUCUUUAUUUUCGGACCAUUUCUUGGGGUCCUCUGUCAAAAAAUCAGUUUUGACUUUGAAAUAUUCGAAAAAGGCCAGGCUUUGAUCCGAAACAAAGUUCUGAAGCGAAAUAUUUUUAAAUAGGUUACAGCUUCAUUUUCAGAAACUUGCACCCUCAUUAUCCUUGAAGACCGUUCUUCUUCUGUUAAAUUCCUGUACGAUAAAAUCUUUUUUGCCAUUUUUCUUUUUAUUUCAUUUGAAACAUUUUUGUCAAAUAAGCUAAGGCAAAUCAGUUCCGGGUUCAGAUACCACAGGUGAAGAAUAUAUUUUCCCAAUACCUUUUCUGAUACACCUUGAUCAAUACGUCUGUACUUAAUUACAUUCUGAACAAAUUGUUAAUCAUUACUAGGUGCACUUAUUGCGUUUGAAGCUUGACACCACAACUUCACAUAUAAAUUAACAAUAAAUAAACAAAUAGCUUUUAGUGAACUGAACUCCUCUUCGGACAUAGAAAACUGUUCUCUAAAAAUGAACAUUUUCAGAGAGUAAAUGGCUUUUGCCAUCCAACGGGCGUGAUGAUAAGCACCAGGAGGGUUAAACGAAACAUCGUGAGAAGGGACUUUUCCUAAAAAUAUUAAACAUAACUUAAUAAGUUCUAAGUAAUCAUUCCUCGGCUGUUUUUCAGUUAACUGAAAGAGAAGAAAUUCCGAAACCUCUUUUUCGAACUCUUUCACUGACUUCUUUACCGAAUCAUCCUGUACCCCUUCAAUGUAUUUAGACUGAUCUAUGUUAGGCCAAUGUAUUUAAAAUCUUCUAAAAAUGUCAGGUUGGGGAGCGGUCGUUGAUCCCAUUUUGUACUCAAAUACUGACCGUAAAACGACUUCUAAAAUGUGAUGGCGGCAGGCUAAAUACAACAAACUUUUACCUAGCUGUUUUUCUAACAAGGUGCAUGCGCCUUUCAUUCGUCCUGUGUUGGAAGCCGUCGUAUCAAAACACAUACCAACAAUUUUAUCGCCAAUAUCCCAUUCUUCUAGACUACCGCUAACAGCUUCUGCCUGACUGGCGCCUGUGGAAUUUUCUAAUUCCGGGACCCCCAGUAGUUGUACAUAGUCUUCUUUGCUUAUCAAGAUUGCCAACCGUUCAGCACAUUCUGAAGAAGGUUUGGUAAAAGUUUUCCAUCCCAAUGAACAACAAUACCCUCUAAGUCUAAGUUUUUAAACCUUGCCUUGAUUUUCUGGGCCCGUUGACUUCGAAAGGAUAUUCUGCGUUUUCUUAAAGCACUUCUACUAAGUGCAAAUUCCUCAACAUUACAGCCCAGGAAGGUUACUCUGUAAGGCGUUACGAAUAGCAAUGCGUUGAGUGAAUUGCGUUGCGAAGGGCAAUCGGUACUCUGUAACACUUUCGCAUUGUAAACAGUGUUGCACUGUUUUCCCGUUGAGAAAUCUUCAGUAUAAUUGACAUUACUGACCGAAACGAAGGAGAAUGAAAACAAAACCAAUAACAGAGGAGUGAAGAAGUGUAAAAAAUUGACAGACAAACAUAAUUAAAUUUGAAGAGUUUUAUGCAUACUUAUAUAAAAGUAAUUUUAAAUAAAUAAAAAAGGUGUGAAUAUGGAUUGCGUUUUGUUAUGGGAGGAAACCGAAAAAAAUGAACGAGUGGAGCGGAAAAUGAUUAGGGACAAGUCCAAUGUGAUGAGUCUUAGUGAAAAAAGUUUCGUGCAAAACUUUCGCCUAAGCAAGGAAUCGUUCAAAUAUGUGUUGGAUAGCAUAAGUGGUGAGCUAAAAACUCCACGCAGGUCCACAGGAAUACCCGAAAUUGUGAAAUUAGCGGCAACUUUAAAAUUUUUGGCGCAGGGAGGGUAUCAACAGCAAAUUGGACAAGAUCAUCAUACAGGACUAGCUCAACAAACUGUUUCGCGUUGUAUGUUUGAAGUUUGCAAAGCGAUUGAAAAAGUGCUGUGUCCAAAACAUAUAACUUUUGGAAUGACAUCAGAGGAGAAAAAUGAAGCGAAACGAGCUUUUUACUCAGUGUCAGGAAUUCCAGGAGUAAUUGGAGUGGUGGAUGGUACUCACAUCCAAAUGAUACGACCGGCCGUAAAUGAACAUUUAUAUUUCAAUAAGAAAUUAAAACAUAGUAUAAACGCUAUGGUGAUAUGUGAUCAUAAGAUGAUGAUCAAAGCCGUUAACGGUCGGUUUGCUGGGGCGUGUCAUGAUUCACAUGUGUGGAAUUUAUCAAGCGAACGCCAAUAUUUACAAACCAACUAUAUGAAUGGAGUAAGAGGAAUUCGCAUUCUUGGCGACUCUGGAUAUCCGCUUGAGCCAUGGCUUUUAACUCCAUAUAGAAAUGCUCCUGAAAACUCUGCUCAGAGUUAUUACAACUACAAGUUUUCAAAAGCCAGAUCCUUUAUAGAACGAGUAUUUGGAGUGUUAAAAGCGCGGUUCCGAUGCCUUUUAGCUGCUAGAGAACUACAUUAUGCCCCAGAAAAAGUGGUGCAAAUUUUGAACGUAUGUUGUGCUCUUCAUAAUAUUUGCACUCUUUUUAAUGUGGAAUCACCUGCCAAUAUAGCAAUAGAAGUUGAAGAAGUCGAUGCUAGUUAUACUGAAACCAUAGGAAAUGCGAAUGAAACCAAUAUUGCUAAACGUUUAAGGGAUCAAAUAAAAAACAGUAUGACUACUUAAUAACCAU